GAAAAAAGUCUGAUAACUUUUUUGUGCAGAAGAAAGAGAGAGAGAGCUGGAUAGUGUGUGAGUAAUUGUGUGUGUUUGUAUGUAUGUGUGUGUGUGGGUAUUGAGUGUUGAGUGUUUUUGGAGCGAUGCGAACUCUGCAGAAGUUCUGAAAGCUCGGGGAAGGAGAGAACCCAGAGAGAGGAGGAAGAAAGGAAGCUGGAGCGGAUGACAGUCUGAACGGAGGAUGAAGGGAUGAAGGUCGUGGGAAUGUGAGAUUGAACCCGGAGCUGUGGAGGGAGGAGAAGUUUGGGAAAAGUGGAUAUUUCUGUUUUUAUUUCUCCAAAAACUCUUCGUCCUGAUCGAGAGAGUGGAGCUGUACUCUAUUGGACCUAAACCGAGUCUCUCUCUCUCUCUCUCUCUCUCUCUCUCUCUCUCUCUCUCUCUCUCUCUCUCUCUCUCUCUCUCUCCGUGCUCCGUGCCCGUGCUCUGGGCUGAGGAUGGGGGCAGCCCCGGGCUCCGGCUGGGAGGAGGGGGAGUUUGAGUUUAAGCUGGUGUUCGAGGAGGAUCCGCAGGAGGCCGUGGGCGCAGUCCCCAACACACAACUGAACUCCACGCAUUCCAACCAGCCGAUGGGUAUCCCUUCGUCUCCUCCAUCAGCCACACACCGAGCAGGCAUGCACUCCCCUCCACCCAGGCGGGCGUUAGUGAGGGAGUUCAGUGGAACGUAUGAGAGCCUACCAGCAAGAUCUGUACAGGUGUCUGAAUCCAGAGUACUGGAGUGUCCAAGCAUCCAGAUAACCACUAUCUCCCCCGAAGAUGAUUCUGCUCCUCCUGGUGGUGGCAAUUACUGGGACACUGGAGGGGGCUGGGACCGGGAGCGUCUCUAUCUGCCCCUGCUUGACCCGUACUGCUAUCGGGAUGGUGGGAUGGGUGCAGGGUCACUCAGCCCAAGCCCUGCCUCCAGCCCGUCCUCCCGUGGCUGGCUGAGCCCUGCCUCCAGCUGUGAUUCGCUACUGGUGGAGGACGAAGAGCUAAACGAAGCAACCACUCACUUCUGUCUCUCACCUUCUUCUCGACCUACCUCCCCAGUGGGCAAAAAGAGAAGAAACUCCCCCUUGGCCUCCCCCUGCACUUCCCGCAGGGGCAGUUACUCAGAGGAAAACCCCACCCUCCUGGAGGUGGGAGAAAAUGCCAGCCAGUCUCAGGGUCCAGCCAGCAGCUGUGAGCUCAGCAUCCCCCAGAAGGCCAGGAAGACGUCUUUGGAACAGGUUUCCUCCAGGGAUGUGGAUUCGGAGCAGACUGCUAGCUCUAACACCUCCUGCCCAAUCUCAGAGCCUGUGCAGCUGAGGCGGGACCCCCCAUCUCUGGGCAUGGACUAUCUGUCUGUACCCCCUGCCUUGGGUUGGGGCAGAACUCGUGCCAGCGCACACAGCCCAAUCUUCAGGUCUAAUGCACUGCCACCCUUGGACUGGCCUCUGCCAUGCCAGUUUGACCAAUACGAGCUGCGGAUCGAGGUGCAGCCGCGGCCGCAUCACCGGGCCCACUACGAAACCGAAGGAAGCCGAGGGGCUGUGAAAGCAUCGCCAGGUGGACAUCCUGUAGUGAAGCUGGCUGGAUACACAGAGCGGCAGCCUCUUUCUCUACAGGUGUUUGUGGGAACAGCUGAUGACAGGUCAAUUCGGCCACAUCCGUUCUAUCAAAUACACAGAGUGACAGGGAAAAUGGUGGGGACAGCGAGUCAGGAGAGCAUGCAGGCUGGAACCAAACUGCUGGACAUCCCCCUGAACCCAGAGAACAACAUGACUGCACUAAUUGACUGCGCAGGGAUCCUGAAGCUGAGGAAUUCUGAUAUUGAGUUGAGGAAAGGAGAGACGGACGUUGGAAGAAAGAACACACGUGUGCGCUUGGUUUUCCGCACUCAUCUCCCUCUGGCCCCGCCCCUUGCUCCUCCAGGAAGGAUCUUAGCACUGCAAGUGGCCUCUCUACCCAUAGAGUGCUCCCAGCGGUCUGCCCAGGAACUGCCCGUGGUCGAGUCUAUCAGCCUAUCGUCAUGCUCUGUGGAGGGAGGGGAGGAGCUUUUGGUGGGCGGGACCAACUUCCUGUCCGCAUCUAAAGUGGUGUUUAUGGAGAGGGGCUCUGAUGGUAAACUGGAGUGGGAGGAGGAGGCACAUGUGGACCGAGACAAAAGCACAGAGUGUGUGUUGUGUGUGCGAGUGCCAGCCUACAGUGACCUGUCUGUGAGUCAGCCCAUCUCUGUCUGCCUGUACGUAUCCAAUGGCAAACGCAAGAGGAGCAGCACACACUGCUUUAAAUACCUGCCCAUCAUGUAUAAGGAGGAGGACCCCCUCUUGUCCCGCCCCUCUCUUCUGAACUUGGAAGGGGUGACUCUUUGCCCCACGAGGGACCAUUCUCUGGCUGAUGACAGAGUUGCUUCCUUCCAGCUGCCGCCGUACCCCAGCGAGUUCUCCUACCCCCACCAAGGGUACCAGGAUGACUUCUGCGCCAAACCCGACGCUCAGGAGGACAGCUCCAGAGGCCAUGAAGUUCUAAACGAGAGAAACCCAAGCUUCGAGAGCUUGGAGCUCGGCUUCACUGAGCUUUUACCCCCUCUAUACCCCCCACGGGUGAUUCAGCGCUCCUGCUCACCUGCCCCACCAUCACCCUCCCCCUGGCUGGACUCCCCCUACUUGUCCUCCUCCCCAUCCCCUUCUCACUCCUCCUCUCUCAGCCCAUUCCCUGCAAGCAGUCCCAUAUCCACCUCCCCACUACCGCCUCUCCCCCACUCACCUUAUCCUCACUGCCCCCCCUACCCUCAGGAGAUCUGCCCCUACCCUUCAUACGAUACCUGGGAGCACCAAUCCCCCCUCCCAGAUGAAAGGGAGGGGGCGGAUGAGCAGUUGGGCUUGAGUGGAGCUCCACCAAUGCACAGCAUCACACUAGAGGAAGUGAACGAGUUUAUUGGUGAGGACAUCAGAGCCUUUCAUGCAGGCCCUCACACAGACAGCAGGCCUGGAUGACCACACUGUACCCUUUUAUAAAUCUGCCAUAACAAGAGCAUUAUUAAUAUCAUAUCACUCUCUUAUGUAUACAUUUAUAUCUGUUUAUGGUAUGUUGCCCAGAUAAGGCAAUAUGCAGAGCUGCAGUUUUGACUGUUGUAAUACAGAAUGCAGGGGUUCAUCUGUAAGUAUGUUUAUAGAUUUCUUUUACUUCAUCAUGACUGCAUAUUUGAAUUAAUGUUUUUUAAUCUGGUUGCCAAAAUAAAUUAUCAUUGUAGUA